ACUUGGAUGAACCAGAGCAGUCAUGAGAUUACUUGUAGUCACCAGCCUCCUCUUGCUUAUGUUCUCCUGUUUUUCCUCUGCUGUGUCCUCCUCUCUGUAUUCCUCUUGUCAGUUACGGGGACAGUUUGAUCUAAAUGGGAUGCACAAACCUGGCGAUGUGGUCCUAGGUGGAAUUUUCAGAAUUCACUUCUUUCCAGCUUAUCCUGACCUGUCUUUUACCUCAGAGCCACAACAGCCUGACUGCUAUGGUUUUGAUGUUAUAGGAUUCAGGCUGGCUCAGUCCAUGGCCUUUGCUAUUGAUGAGAUCAACAGAAACUCCAACCUGCUGCCUAAUGUGACUCUGGGAUACAGUCUGUAUGAUAACUGCGUUCAACUAGGAACUGGAUUUCGUGCGGCACUGACUUUAGUCAGCGGUCAAGAAGAGCAAGUUACAAUGGAGGAGAGAUGUUUAGGAACUCCUCCAGUCCUGGGGAUUGUGGGUGAUUCUGCCUCUUCAAAUUCUAUAGCAAUUUCUACAGUUUUAGGUCUGAUUGUCAGUGGUGAUGAAUAUGGAGUCCACGUUGCUCGAUCCUUUCGCUCUGAUCUGGGUCCAGCUGAUGGAGUUUGUCUAGCUUACACAGAGAGUUUGCCCUGGGGUGACGACCCUGCUCAACUAAGGAGAAUAGUGAAUGUUGUGAAGAAAUCUACAGCUCGAGUGGUGAUUGUGUUUGCACAUGAGAGUCGUUUGGUCACCCUCAUGAAAGAGUUACAGGGACAGUUUCAUCUCAAUGGGAUGCACAAAACUGGAGAUGUGAUUCUAGGUGGAAUUUUCAGACUUCACUUCUUUCCAGCUUAUCCUGACUUGUCUUUUACCUCAGAGCCACAACAGCCUACCUGCUAUGGUUUUGAUGUCAUAGGAUUCAGAUUGUCUCAGACCAUGGCCUUUGUUAUCGAUGAGAUCAACCGAAACUCCAACCUGCUGUCUGAUGUGACUCUGGGAUACAGUCUGUAUGAUAACUGCGUCCAACUAGGAAUUGGAUUUCGUGCAGCACUGACUUUAGUCAGUGGUCAAGAGAAGCAAGUUACAUUAGAGGAGAGCUGUUUAGGAACUCCUCCAGUCUUAGGGAUUGUGGGUGAUUCUUCUUCGACUCGUACUAUUGCCAUAUCCACAGUCUUAGGUUCUUACAGAGUGCCUCUGGUGAGUUAUUUUGCCACAUGUUCCUGCCUGAGUGACAGACAAAAGUUCCCAUCUUUCUUUCGGACGAUCCCGAGUGAUGCUUUUCAGGUGAAUGCUAUGAUUCAGAUUUUAAAACACUUUGGUUGGACUUGGGCCGGUCUGCUCAUCAGUGAUGAUGAUUAUGGAGUCCACGCUGCCCGAUCCUUUCACUCUGAUCUGGGUCCAGCUGGUGGAGGUUGUCUGGCUUACACAGAGAUUUUGCCCCGGGCUUAUAACCCUGCUGAACUAAGGAGAAUAGUGGAUGUGAUGAGGAAAUCUACAGCUCGAGUGGUGAUUGUGUUUGCACAUGAGAGUCGGAUGUUCAAUCUUAUGAAAGAGGUGGUGAGGCAGAAUGUGACAGGCCUGCAGUGGAUGGCUAGUGAAGCCUGGACAUCAGGUACUUCACUCCAGACACCCCAACUCAUGCCGUACUUGGGUGGAACACUGGGCAUUGCCAUCAGACGAGGGAAAAUACCUGGGCUUAGGGACUUCCUGUUACAAAUAAGUCCGGACAAAGACCACAACAACACUGAAGGAAAUAGCAUGGUGAAUCAGUUUUGGGAACACACAUUUCAGUGUAGAUUUGCACCACCUCCAGCAGGUUGGGUGGAAGCUGGAGGAGAAUUAUGCACUGGACAGGAAGUUAUAGAAAAUGUGGAGAAUGAGUUCUUGGAUGUUUCAGACCUAAGGCCAGAGUAUAACGUGUAUAAGGCUGUGUACGCUCUGGCAUAUGCUCUUGAUGACAUGCUGCAGUGUGAGCCAGGGAGAGGACCUUUCAGCAACAACACCUGUGCUCAUUUACAAAGACUGGAGCCAUGGCAGUUAAUGUAUUAUUUGGAAAAAGUAAACUUCACAACAACAUUUGGUGAUCAAGUGUCAUUUGAUGAAAAUGGUGAUGCCUUACCAAUAUAUGACAUCAUGAACUGGGUGUGGCUCCCUGAUGGAACAUCUAAUGUUCAGAGAGUGGGUGAGGUUAAGAGGUCAACCUUCAAAGGUGAAGAACUCACACUGGAUGAAAAUAAAAUCUUCUGGAACUAUGAAUCAAAACAGCCUCCUUGGUCAGUUUGCAGUGAGAGCUGUCCUCCAGGUACCCGCGUGGCCAGAAAGAAAGGAGAACCUGAGUGUUGUUUUGACUGUGUCCCUUGUUCAGAGGGAAAGAUCAGCAAUACAACUGACUCCAUGGAAUGCACCAGUUGUCCAGAAGAUUUCUGGUCCAGCCCCCAGCGUGACCACUGUGUUCCUAAGAAAACAGAGUUCCUCUCUUACCAUGAGCCUCUGGGUAUCUGCUUGACAACCACCUCACUGUUGGGCACAUGUAUCUGUGGUGCUGUUCUGGGCAUCUUCAUCCAUCAUCACAGCACACCUAUAGUUCGUGCCAACAAUUCAGAACUCAGUUUUCUUCUCUUGGUGUCACUCAAAUUGUGUUUCUUGUGUUCAUUGCUCUUCAUUGGACGACCCAGAUUAUGGACUUGCCAACUAAGACAUGCAGCAUUUGGCAUCAGCUUUGUGCUUUGUGUCUCAUGUAUCCUGGUGAAAACCAUGGUGGUUCUGGCUGUGUUCAGGGCCUCCAAACCAGGAGGUGAGUCCAGUCUCAAGUGGUUUGGUGCUGUGCAGCAGAGAGGGACAGUUCUGGUUCUGACUUCUAUUCAAGCAGCAAUCUGCACUGCCUGGCUUGUCUCUGCUUCACCAAUGCCUCAUAAAAACACACAGUAUCACAAUGACAAGAUAGUUUAUGAGUGUGUAGUUGGGUCCACAGUUGGUUUUGCAGUUUUACUUGGUUAUAUUGGUUUACUGGCUGUCCUCAGUUGUUUGUUAGCUUUUCUAGCAAGGAAUCUUCCAGACAGUUUCAAUGAGGCCAAACUCAUUACUUUCAGCAUGUUGAUCUUCUGUGCAGUGUGGGUGGCCUUUGUCCCUGCAUAUAUCAGCUCACCAGGCAAAUAUGCAGAUGCAGUGGAGGUAUUUGCCAUCCUGACCUCCAGUUUUGGCCUCUUGGUGGCACUGUUUGGACCUAAAUGUUACAUAAUCCUGUUGAGACCAGAGAGAAACACAAAGAAAGCCAUCAUGGGUCGAGGCACUGGGACUUAAAAACAGCAAAAAUACAGAAAUAAUCAAUUCAUUCCUUAAUACAAUAAUUCAGGUACAGAAUAUGUUAAUAAUGAUGUUAAUGUUAUGUGAGAAAGUAUGCUCAGAAACACAUAGUCAUUUAUAGUAAUGUACAGUAUGUAUUGAACAGAGAGACAUACUUUUCAUUGGAACACACAAAAUCCAAAAGAGAAUCCACAAUUUGUAAUCUUAAUGUGAAUUUCACAUCAUCUCCAUUAUGCUCCAGUCCAUUUUUGCUCUAUGUGAUGAGUUGGUAUAGGUUUUGAUAUCCCAGUUCUCUGUGAGUAGUACAUGUAGUGCAGUGACACCAGGCUUUGUGUAGUCAAAUUCAUAUUUUGUUAAAUAAAAGUGCAAGAGUGGAAAUCCUU